AAUUAGGGUGGAGCCAGAUUCUCCCAGGGUCAGCCUUGGUUCCAGAGCAGUGAAAGCAGUGAGAGUCAGGUUAUGAGACCCACAGCAUACUGUCUCUGCAAGGAGAAUGUGCUAAGCCAACAUGGAUACCAUCUUGGUUUUCAGUCUAAUCAUUACCUCCUAUGAUGCUGACAAGAAAGAGUUAAGGCCAAACAGCAUGAGGUUGGAACAGCUGCCUGGUCCCUUCCCAAAGGAUAUGAGAAGCAUCAGAGACGUGCCAACGCGAGAAGCUCAGGCAGAAGCCAAAAGGUCCACACUUAUCCAAACUCAGACUGUGGCUGCCCUGCAGUGUCUUGGUUCUGAGAGCAAAGUGGAAGUCAACCUUGUAUAUUCGGAGAAGAGGCGAAAGGCCAAGCAUACUCUGAAGAACUUGAGAGUCAUUGCUGCUCCCCGCAGAAGCAGCACUGCCCCCGCAAGCUGUCACCUGGCCCCCACACCCAAGGUGCAGACUGGAUCCCUCGUAACAGGCAAAGCUUUUUUUACCAGGAUCUCCCAAUGUAAGGUCUAUCCAGUGAUGAGGGCUUCAUCAGAGACUUUCCCCACCACUACCUCCAUGACUCCUGGGAAUAAAGAAGGAGAGAAAACGACAAGUAUUGAUGUGGAUGAGAACCUAGAGAAGAGGUGGAAAUGGAGCACUGUGGUCAAAAUUCUGAUUGCGGUCACCCUGUUGCUCAGCAGAGUCGCCAUUAUCAUGUUUCUCAUUUUUGAAGUCCCAUGCCCUGGUCAAUGCCUGGGAGCCAGAGAGCUGUGCCAAUGUCAGCGGUUGUGGAGAAGGCAAAGGAAGGAGGGCCAGCAACCUGGGGCAGCUGAAUCCCAGCUUGACUCUCAGCCCAAGAAGAAAAGUCUUCUCUGUAUGGUUAACGUCACUUGCUAGGGGGAGAAA